AUGCAAAUUCAAGCGCGACUUUUCGAAUUUUGGCGGCAGGGACGCAGCAUUUUUACGCGAAAUCGCAGUGGCAAUGAUGACAACGAACGUACCACCUUGUUAUCGAGCCAAAAGAAAUAUGACGGCAAACCUUUGCUCAAAGGAAGCUGUGGAGCUGCUACCACUUCUUGGAGCGAUAGUGCUGUCGAUUUGACUCAGUUCGUUAAGAGAGAUGAAAACUGCUGGUUGUUGCAAGACGUCAAAGAUGAGACUAAAGCCAUUCUAAACUACACUUGGCCUUUGCUUGUUACGUUUGUCAUCGGCAAGGGAAUGGGUUUGGUGGACGUUUGGUUUCUCGGGCGCCUAGGAUCGGAAGGUUACUAUGAUUCGGUGAUGGCUGUAGUAAGCCUUGGUAAUCUUUGGUCGACAGUUGCAGGGUUGGCCUUCGGCAAUGGACUCUUGACCGCCAUUGAUACCCUGGUCGCUCAGGCAUUCACAGGUGCGAGUGACCAAAAAACGUUGGGCAUCAUUCUUCAGCGUGGUAUCCUUAUUAUGGGCUUCCUAGCAUUACCAAUAUGCUUACUAUGGAUAUACACAGAGUCGAUCCUUAUCAACGUCAUGGGACAGGAACAGCAUCUGGCACACCUUACACAGUCCUACAUCUAUGUAUGUAUGCCCCUUGUGUAUCCUAUAUUUGUAUCGACAGCCAUUCGCAAAUUUUUACAAAGCCUUGGUCACAUGCGCGUCACCAUGCUGAUGAUUCUGGCCAUCUUCCCAUUCAAUUGUCUUUCAAACUAUAUUUUUCUUCGAGUGCUUGAUCUUGGAUACCUUGGCGCCGCAUUUCACUUUGCAUUUUUUCAUGGCGCAAUUUUGGCCAUUUAUACGUUGUUUUUGUCGUUUGGUACCGAUUUCUGGAGCACCUAUUGGCCAGGCUGGCGCGUACAAGCAUUUCAUCACUGGGAACCGUUUCUGAAGCUCGGUAUUCCCGGCAUGCUCAGUGUAGCUACAGAAUGGGCUUUUGAGGUCUGUGCCCUUUUGACAGGUGCCCUGGGAAAAACAAGUUUAGCGGGGCAGUCCAUCAUUCUUUCAGUCAAUGCGUUACUCAUAAUGAUUCCCUCAGCACUAUCCAGCGCUGUCGCUGUCCGAAUCGGCCAUCAUGCUGGAGCAAACAGACCUGCAAAGAUCCAGAUGUGUUUUACAAUAUCAGUGAUGAUGGGCUGCAUUGCCAUCUUGUUCAAUGCAUCUUUGAUGUACUUUUUUAAGCAUCAGAUCGCCACGCAUUUUUCGAUGGAUCAAGGCGUGGUUCGAGCAGCCGAAGAGCUAAUGCCUGUAGCGGUACUAUCACAUAUAUUCACGGGUCUAAGCGCUGUUUUUUCGGCUACAUUGAAUGCGUUAGGCAAACAGCCGAUUGUCGCCGCCUUUAAUUUGUCUUCCUAUUACGCUGUUGGCUUGCCCUUUGGUCUAUGGAUGACAUACAGUUACGGUUGGGGCUUAAUCGGUGUCUGGUCAGGUGUUGUCAUGGCCGGAUUCAUUAAGUGCGUUGGUGAAGGCGCCAUUUUGUUCUUCGUCAUUGAUUGGGAAGCAGAGUGUCGUCAAAGCAGUCGUCGAAUCGGUACACAGGAGAUAUUACCUACCUUACCAUCGACUACUACUACCGUCAACAAUACAACAGCGACAACAACAAAAAAAAGGAAACCGUCUUCUUCAUUCUCACAUUAAUUGCAAGUGGACCGACAGCUGUUGGUACAUAGAAUACAUAAUAUCAUGCUAUACCACGACAAUGCUGAUUGGUGGAAAAAUGCUUCUUUUAUACUCAAUGUGUACACCCUCUACUUUUACGGUUUUCGUAAAGCUAUCCUACAUACAUAUAUAGUACAGUAUAG